AUGUUUAUUGCUUCGCUCUUCAGACCUAGGAGGCAGCUGGCGUUCUUCCUGUUCGCGUUGUCUGCCGCCAGUGCCAUCCCUAAUGGCAGACGACCCGACAGCUCGGCCUGCAAGCUACCCGCCGUGCCGGAUGCCCACUACAGCGAAGGUCAUGGGGUCAAGUUUGACUGCGCGCCGAGCUUCGGUACCAUGCGGGCCAAGAUGAUCUUUGUCGACUUCCCCAACGCAAUCGACAGUGGCAGUCCCCCGCCGCUAGACAGAAACGAGAUUCCGGCAGCGGUAGAGUGGUUCAGGAAUUCCUCUUUUGGAAGUCUCAACCUGCAGGUUGAUUUUGACGGCUCCCGGUACUACCGCAUGCCAAGGCCGUCAACGUCAUAUCGAUUUGAGCGUAACCUCACCGCGGCGACUCACCAGAAGUACAUGGACCACGCGCUGGAUGCGUGGCUCGCCAACACAAACGUCACCGUUCCUCAUGUCACGUCUACCAACGGGCCAUUAGUCGAUGUUCUUUACAUCGUGCCCACGCGCAAGGCGAGUGCGAUCACCUUGACCACGACAUCCUCCAUUCCUGUCCACACUACGCGAGGCCACUAUGUCGCUCGAAAAGGCGUGACCUUGGGCCAUCAAGACCUCGGGUUCUGGGGCCCCAAACUGCUCAACCACGAGACCGGCCACGCCAUGUGCCUGCCUGACCUCUACCCGCUGCCGGUCGGCUACACGCAAAAGUACGUUGGCAACUGGGACCUUAUGGCCAAUGCCGGCGGCCACAGCCCCGAUCUUUUCGCGUGGCACAAGUGGAAGCUGGGCUGGCUCUUGGAUUCGGAGGUCGACUGCAUCAGCGACCCCGGGUCUUCGACGCACACACUGUCGCCAGUGGAGAUCAUUGGAGGCGGUGCACACACCAAGGCUGUCGUCGUGCGGCACAAUAGCACGACGGCGUUCGUGGUGGAGGUGCGCUCCGAUUUGGGAAACAACCAUGGUGCGUAUUCGAAGGGUGUGCUGCUCUAUAUAGUGGCGACGGACGUCGAGACAGGCAAGGGUCCUAUUCGUGUGCUGGAUGCAAAUCCCGGACUGGGAGGGGAGCGAUCGCGUCGAGAAACGUUUACGGACGAGUUCCAGCGCACGCUUCUUCCAGGACAGGCGAGGAGCGAGGCAGAACAAAGCGCGAGCGAGGAGGCCACAAAACUAUCUGGCAAAAAUAAGAUAGCUAUGGCGACGCAGACCUCCACGACCACAGCUUACCAGCUGGAACAGCUCCCAAAAGGCUCGGCAGAUCGUGCCGGCGGUACAACCCUGCGCCAGGCUCGUUCGGCGCACCAUGAAGUCGACCCCUCCGACUCCGAUCUCGACCCCGUUCUCGAAGCCUCUCGCAUCGCUGACAGCACAGUACCGGAUGGCGGGUACGGCUGGGUCGUCAUAUCGGCAUGUGCCAUUGUUGGCUGGUGGUUCUCCGGCGUCAACUACAGCUGGGGUGUCAUGCAAGGCGCCCUCGUCGAGCGUGGCGUCGGGUCCGCCUCGGUGCUCUCCUUCUGCGGUGCUUUGUCACCAGCUCUGAUGGCAUCCCUGGCCAUCAUUAACGCACGCGUUGUUCGUUCGCUUGGAACCCGCAAGCUGGCUCUCAUGGGUAUCUUCUUUGUCGGCAUGUCGCAGAUCGGCGCGAGCUUCGUGACGCAUAGUACCGUGGGCUUGUUCUUCCUGCCUGGUGCCCUUCUUGGACUGGGCAUGAGCUUUUGUUUCAUGGCCGUGACUGUGACACCUGCGCAAUACUUCUCGAGGAAGCGGGGGCUAGCCAAUGGAAUCGUCUAUGCUGGUGGCGGCUUCGGGGCCGCCGUGCUGAGCAUCGCAACCAACGCCAUGAUUGAACGGUAUGGUGUUGAGUGGGCGUUCCGAAUCAUUGGCAUUGUAUGUUUCUCAACGGGAUUCCCGGCGGCAUACAUGAUCAAGGAGCGCAUUCCCAUCCAGACCUCUGGCUUCAUUGACUGGAAGCUUUUCCGACAGGGAAGCUUCAACAUCAUUUUCGUCGCUGGCGCAAUUGGUGUCUUCCCCCUCCUCGUUCCGCCUUUCUUUAUCCCGUUGUACGCACGCUCAAUGGGAUUAAGCACGAGCACCGGAGCAGCUUUGCUGGCCGGCUAUAACUUUUCGUCAGCAAUUGGCCGGAUUAUUAGCGGUCACCUAUGUGAUAUUCUUGGUCCCUUGAAUACGCUGUUCGCCUUCCUCGCCAUCAACUCCCUGACCAUGAUUGCGCUCUGGCCAGCCUCAACGACGCUUGCUCCGUUGGCUGUAUUUGCCGUCAUGAAUGGUUUGACAAACGGCGGGUUUUUCGCGUCAAUGCCAACGUGCAUUGGCAACAUCUUCGGUUCGGCCCGUGUGUCGACUGCCAUGGGCAUGAUCGUCACGGGGUGGGUCGGAGGCUAUCUUUUUGGUUCUCCCAUUGCAGGGUACCUGCUCGACGCGUAUGGCGGCGCAGACGAGGGCUUGAAGGCGUACCGCCCUGCUAUGUUCUAUGCCGGAUCGGUGUCGUUGGUGGCCACAAGUUUGAUCCUGUUGAUGCGACUACGUAUCAACAAGAAGCCGUGGGCCAAGCGUCAAUGUCGGAGCAAGAUUGCCAACCUUAGCCUGAGCAAGGGCUUGUUGCACGCCACCGGGGGACCCGCGUGGCUGAUGCUCUACCGGGCUCCAUGA